AUUAUCAGCUUUAAAAGAUAAGUUUCUCUUGUUUUUAUCUAUCCCGUACUUCGUCAGAAAUGUUUUCUACAUUUAUCGACAUGGAACUUUUUUUAUAAAUAUUGUUUUGAAUUCAAUGCUGGAUAGAUUUUUUUAAAGACAUCGUGAAAUGAACUUGUUCUUAUUCAUCAUUUAUUCUGCAUGCUUGUUUUAUUCAUUUAAAGCUGAAGAUAAAGAUGCGAUCAAGGAAGAAAAAGAAUUUCAUGUCAAGGGAAAGCAUAGUCAUCCUUCAAACACACUUUUACCAAAAGAUCAUCAUUCGCAUCAUGUUACAACAAAUGUUUGUAACAUGUCAUUAGUAUCAUCAGUUGAAGAUGAAAAUCUAAAGUAUAAAAACUGCAUUUGCGAUGAGCAAAAUGGCGACGUUGAUUGCAACCAUCUAGGCCUAACCGAACUUCCCAAGUUGAUAUCGUUCCCAAAGUACAUCCAAGUCGUCAAUUUUAAGGGGAACAAAAUAUCAACUCUCGAACCUGAGACAUUCUUUAACGGAGGAAAUGUUACUGAAUUAGAUUUAUCGCAUAAUCAUAUCGAUUUCAUCAGCAAAACUGCUUUCAAAAACUUUCAUCGGCUGGUUCGAUUAGAUCUCUCUCACAAUCACGUAUGGAAUGUUCCAAAAGAUGUGUUCGCAGAUCUCAUCAAUUUAAAGGAACUCUACCUGAAUUUUAACAACCUAAUAUUUUUAAAUCCGGGAUUAUUUAAGAAUCUUGCAGAACUUAGAACGCUUUCACUUAAAUCCAAUCCUAUUCGAGAACUCACGCUUAGAAGUUUCGAAAACCUAAAUAAAUUGGAUUACCUAAACUUAGCCUCCACCAUGUUGACAGAACUUCCGCCUCAUACUUUUGUUUUCACGCCUCAGCUAAGAAUACUUCAUCUUGCUGACAACAUAAUGACCGAAGUACCGUCUAUCUCAUUAUAUCCUUUGGAACAUCUAAAGAUUUUAGAUUUGAGCCGAAAUCCAAUAACAACAAUUCAUUCAAAGGCUUUUAUAGGCUUGGAGACUUUGGUAACACUUAAGUUAAAUAACAUGUCCCGCUUAACGCGUGUAGAAGAUUAUGCUUUUGGUGACAUGACGCAUUUACAAGAGUUGCAGUGCAAUAAUAAUUUCCUACUUCAAGAAAUAGCUGCAAAUGCCUUUGUUGAGGAGUCAACAAAUAGAAAAGUGCCAUUGCCUUGGCUAUAUUUGAAGCACAAUGGAUUAAGAAACAUACCUGGAGAGCUGUUAAAUUGGAGUGAUAACAAGGAAUUACAUUUGAUAGGUAAUCCUUUCCAUUGCGAUUGCAACGUCACCUGGAUGCUUAGCUUGCAGUUACAAAAUCACUUUCAGCGGCACAUAAAAUGUUUCUCUCCGCCAAAGUUUGCAAAUGUAGCCUUGAGUGAUUUGAAAGAUUAUGAAUUGACUUGCAUUGUCACUGAAGAUUGGCCUGGCGUAGUUCUGAUUUCAAUUCUCGUCAUUUUGUUUCUUCUUGCCCUCAUCUUGGCUUCCUCAUUGCUCGUUUGGAACUUGAAUUGCAGAAAACAAAGGAAUGCGAAAUUUCACAAGAUGGACAAAACUGUUAUGAAUGAUAUUAGCAUUGACUAUUAUGGGGGUGACGAUUUUUGUGGUUUGAUAACUGUUGCUGUUGUGGAUGAUCAAGGGGCCAACAACCAAAAGUUAGAUGCCAAAGAAUUAGGCGCAACAAAAUAUGAUCGGUUUAGUUGCUUUAAGGUUGCCAAGUGGAGUCAUGUGACUUUAUGGGAAUUUGAUUCCAAACAAACUCACAGAGUUAUUCCAGAAUUAUCUCAAAAGCAUAUUGAGGUUGAUGAACUAAGUUCAAGAAUUGUUAGACUUGCUGCACAGAUUUUAAGUAAAUCUGUUGCGGCUGGUCUUAAUGUUCUAAGUACUUUUGGCCGAUUACCACCUUCUGCUACACAUACAGCUAAUUUCUGUUCUACUGUUGAUGAUUUGUUUGACAGUUUGAACGGUCCUAAAAUGGAUCAACAUUUUGCUAUGAGGAUCUUCCUAGCAUUCUUAUUUAUUCAUGGUGUUUGCAAGGCUCAAGAUGUGAGUUCGACUACAUUAGAAGAAAAGGAUGUGAAGGACAAAAUAACUGACACUACGGUGCUUUCAGAUGUAAGUAGCUCAAUCUCAGUUGCUGACCAUUCAAACCCUACAACAGAAAAUCCAACUCCUGAUGUUUCUACUGCAAGCACAGAAUCUGCAAGUCCAUCUUCCACUGCAAAGCCGGUUGUUCCCCCUCUACUGAACAGCAUUUGUAGCAUAUCUUUAAAAACAUCGGCAGAAAAUGAUAAGACAGAUUCUAAGAAAUGCUUAUGCGAUGGAUUUCACCAACACGUGGAUUGUAGCCAUUUGAGUAUCAUAGAACUUCCAAGGGAAGUAUCAUUUCCUCCAGACAUCAAAAUUGCUCAGUUUCAAGGAAAUAAAAUAUCCAACCUGAACUCAGAUACAUUUUACAGUGCUCGUGGAAUCACAGAGAUCAAUUUGUCUUUCAAUCAAAUAGAUUUCGUAAGUAUCAACGCUUUUAAAGCGUUCAAGGUAUUAGUAAGGCUUGAUCUUAGCCACAACCGUAUCUGGAAUUUACCUAAGGGCAUGUUCGAAGGUUUGGGCAACUUAAGAUACCUGGAUAUCAGUUUCAACAAUUUGGCAAACGUCUUCCCGGGGCACUUCGCUAAACUGAGUGAGCUGAGAAAACUUGUCAUGAAGAACAACCCCUUACAAGAGCUGGAACCGAAGCAUUUUGAACAUUUGACAAAACUAGAAGAAUUGGAUCUCGAGUCUACUUUGCUUAAGGUCAUUCCUGAUCGCGUGUUUCUUUUUACACCCAACCUUAAGUUUCUGAAAUUGGCCAGCAAUCAACUGAAUAUGGUGCCUACAGAAGCACUUCACGUGCUGGACCAUUUGAAAACUCUAGAUCUGAGUGGAAAUCCGAUUGAAGUUGUUCACCAAGAGGCUUUUAGGGGUAUGAGAUUACUGGUGACACUGUACAUGGAUAGAAUGUCUCAUUUGACAACAAUCGAAGAUUACGCCUUCGGAGACUUGAUUCACCUUGAAGAGCUGCACUGCAGUUACAAUUUCCGGUUAUCCGAGAUUGAACCAUAUGCGUUUGUCAAAAGAUCCACAAAACAAAAAGUUUCCUUAGCUCAAUUGUUCUUGAGACAGAAUGAUUUAAAAAAGAUACCUCAAACAUUACUGGAUUGGAACCAAGGUCUAGAAAUGCAUCUGAGAGACAACCCACUUAACUGUGACUGCCACUCAGCGUGGAUGAUCAACACAAAGUUGAAAAAUGAUUUCCAAAGCCAUGCAAAGUGCGCCACCCCAGCAGAUCUUGAUGGUAUUGCUUUGAGUCAACUAAAGGGCCCUGAACUAUCAUGUGGAUAUGAGCUGUCUGAUAUUGUUCUAAUAGUUUGUGGCGUUAUCAUGGGUCUUCUCCUCCUCGUUUUGAUAAUUUCAUUCCUUUUCUGGAGACGCAACUACAGGGGAUAUGCCAAACCACAUUUUUACAAAGUCAACAAGAAUGUUAAUGACAUCGACUACACCGGUGGUGACGAUGGUUUCAAAAUGAAAAAAUCACCCCAAGGAAGAUUAUACAAAGCCAUGACAUUUGCCAUAACUUUCCCAUUGCUGGUCUGGAGCCAGGUAACAGGCGCACCUGACUCGUUAUGCCCCGCAGUUUGCGUUUGCCAUAACUUGCAAGAUGAAGGACUCUAUAAAUUAGACUGCUCUCGGGUAGAUCUGUCAAUAGUGCCACCCCUUGAUGACUGGCCAGCUAAUGUCACUCAUAUGGACCUAAAUUCCAAUAAAAUUACAGCCUUGGACGUUGAACUAGGUCAUCCCACAGUAGAAGUUUUGGACUUAAGCGAUAACCGCAUUGCGACUGCCGUUCAGUAUGCUUUUGGAGGUCUUACUAAAUUGAAAUAUUUGAAUUUAGCAAAUAACGCUAUUUCGUCAUUUGCUGACAAUGGAUUCUAUGGUCUUGAUCAUCUACUGGCACUGAACAUAAGCGGCAAUAACUUGCACGUUAUUCCAGAUCGACUUUUGUAUAAUUUCCUUGGCCUGCAAGAGUUAUCACUGGCUAAUAAUCCAUUAACUCACAUCGAUCCCAUUAAUUUAAAUCGUAUGGUGGCUUUGAAAUGGUUGGAUCUCAGCAAUACUAAUCUGUACUCGAUGCAACCGCAUAUAUUCCAUACCACACCGCAGCUUGAAUUUCUGGAUUUAUCUUCCAAUGAUUUCCACGAAGUGCCAACGGAUGCUUUGAGAAGUGCCAAGAGUCUGAAGUACCUUAAAUUGAACGAGAAUCCAGUGGAUAGACUGGAUAAGAAGUCUUUCAUCAAACUGAGUACACUGGAAGUUUUGGAAUUGAAUGAAAUGGAUCAGCUUGAAAAAGUUUUCACUCAAGCUUUUUCGAGUUUGACGAGUUUGCGUGUGCUUGAAAUGAAAUACAAUCGAUAUCUGACGGUUAUUGAUGCUCGGGCGUUUGAUGGAUUGUUCAAUAACACGAGGCCAACACUUCAAGAACUGGAUUUGGAAGGAAACAAGAUAUCUAAGAUGGAUAGAGACAUGGUGCCGUGCGCAAAGUUGAAAAAGUUCAACGUUCAGACAAACCCUUGGCAGUGUGAUUGCAACUUAAGGUGGAUCAAAGAGUGUGAUAUCCAACAGAUUUACGCUGCUGAUUUAAGAUGCAUGUACCCGAAGAAAUUUGAAAACGCCCACAUUUUCGAUAUGAGUGAAGAAGAAUUUUCUUGCGAUUAUCUAACUUAUAGUAAUUCACCAGCUGCUUUGCAUCAUAACAGAGUCAUCAAAAGCCUAACUGUGGCAAUCACUGUAUGUUUUUUGGUGGCUGUUGCACUUGGAAUAGCUUUCACCUACAAAUGGAAAAGUAUUAAGUCCUGGUACAAGUAUAAAACUCAAGGUCCUGGUGCAGUGUACUAUGUUCGAGCCAGGAAUUCGCCUGGUCCAGCUAUAAAUGCAAGCUAGAUUCUAUUCAGCAAAUACU